AUGGGUCACCGGAGAGGUCCUUGGUCGAACGCCGAGGAUGCGUACUUGAUGGAACUUGUCAACACUCAUGGCCCUCUCAACUGGGUACGCAUUGCCCAGACCCUUGGAUCCAGGACACCCAAGCAGUGCCGCGAGCGCUACCACCAAAACCUGAAGCCGAGUCUUAACCACGAGCCCAUCACCCCUCAGGAGGGCGCCCAGAUCGAUCAGCUGGUGCGGGAGAUUGGAAAGCGUUGGGCCGAGAUCGCUCGCCGCCUUAAUGGUCGAAGUGACAAUGCUGUCAAGAACUGGUGGAAUGGCAGCCAGAACCGCCGCAAGAGGAUGGAUCGUCGACGUAACCCUCAGCCUUACGAUGAGCAGUACGCCCAUUCCCGGCACUCGCUCUCCAUCUCGACACCAAGCCUGUCCAUGCCAUCACACCUAUCGCCUCUGACUGCCACCAACCACCGUCACCCCGUGCCUUGGGUCGAGGCACCUCUUCCCUCGCCCUGCACUUCCGAGUCCGCCGAGUCGGAUGCAGGCUCUAACUAUACCACCUCGCCCGGACGUCACCACAUCCCCCUCCACAUGCCACUCGAGUUGCCGCCGAUCAGGGACGCUCACCACCUCCACGCCCCAGCUGGUUCUAAGCUUCCCAGCCUGAGCGAGUUCACCGCUCCCUCUUAUGCAGACCGAAUGGAUUGCCAGCCUCGACAGCAUCAAUUUGUUCCUCAAGGGCAGUUGCCUACCGCACCCAACUCGCCUGUGCAGCAGCAAGCACAGACCCGACAGCAGCCAUCGGAUCAGGACUCCCGCAUGAAGCUGACUUCUCUCCUGCUAAACUAA